GUCAUCUCUAGGCGCCUUCCCGCCCCUCAGGUGUUCAAGCUCCGGGCGCGCGAGGUUCUCGCUAUUAGCCCGCGAGUGCCGCUUCCUCCACGCUCUCUGCAAACAUGUUUCCGAGCGUCUCCUCUCCGCGAACCCCAGGGCCGGGGACCCGACGCGGUCCGCUAGUCGGGAUCGGGCCCACGUCCACGCCUAGAGCGAGCAGGAGGGGUCUGUCUCUGGGAUCUGCGGUUAACUCGCCCGUGCUGUUCUCGCCCGCAGGCCGGCGCAGCUCGGUGAGCUCACGAGGAACGCCUACUCGGAUAUUCCCCCACCAUUCCAUAUCAGAGUCUGUGAACUACGAUGUGAGAGUGUUUGGAUCAUCUCUCCCUGUUAAGAUCAUGGAAGCCCUGACAAUGGCUGAGGCUGACGAGCAGCUUUCUGUCCAUGUCGAUGAAGGUGGGUGGGCCUGCCUGGUAUGCACGGAGAAGCUCCUCAUUUGGAAGAUUGCUGUGUCGCCUGUCACUAAGUUGUCUGUCUGCAAAGAACUCCAGCUGCCCCCUAGCGAUUUCCACGGGAGCGCUGAUUUGGUGGCCCUGUCUUAUGCUGCGACCUCAGGUGAAGUCCAUUCUGUGCAGGCUGUUUCUGUCAUGGUUGCUACCAAAGAGGGGUCCAUCCGCUAUUGGCCCAGCCUCGCCAGGGAAGACACCUACUCAGACACCUGUGUGGAUUUGGGAGGCGAGAAGAUGUGCAGGUUCCUGACAGCAGUGCAGGGAGGAAGUUUCAUCCUGUCCUCCGUGGGGAGCCAGUUGGUUCGAUUGAUUCCUGAAAGCUCAGGAAAGAUUCACCAGCAUGUCCUGCCCCAGGGCCAAGGCAUGCUCUCAGGGAUUGGCCGGAGGGUUUCUUCCCUUUUCGGGAUUCUGUCCCCUACUAGUGACCUCAUGCUGGCCAGUGUUCUGUGGGACAGAGGAGGAUCAAGUUUCUACACCCUGACGAGUUCAAACAUCAGCAAAUGGGAACUGGACGAUUCUUCAGAGAAGCAGGUUCACAGCUGGGAUGUGCACAGGACCCUGAAGGAGAGCAUCACCGAUGCUGUUUGGGGGUCUGAAAGUAACUAUGAAGCUAUUAAAGAAGGGGUCAACAUUCAGUACUUGGACUUGAAACAAAACUGCGAUGGGCUCCUGAUUUUGGCAGCAGCGUGGCACCUGGGAGACAGCCCCUGUCUUGUCUAUUACUCUGUGAUCACGGUGGAAGACAAUGGUAACCAGAUGUCAGAUGCAGUCACCGUAGAAGUGACUCAGUAUAACCCCCCUUUCCAGUCUGAAGACCUGAUCGCAUGUCGAUUGAUGGUGCCAAACUUUUCAAGCCAGAUGACCUAUCUUUACAUGGAGAAUGCUGUCUUUGUGUGCUCCACAGGCACUGGGAAGUUUUCUCUUCCUCAGGAAAAGAUUGUCUUUGAUACACAAGGGGAUGGCAUUUUGGGCGCUGGCUCCUGUGCUGGUGUUCCUAUCCUUUUCUCUAGGAAUAGUGGUCUGGUGUCUGUCACUCCAAGGGAAAAUGUAUCCCUGUUAGCAGAAGACCUGGAAGAGUCUUUGACCUCCUCAGUUGGUGGACGGGGCAGUGAGAGUAUGGUUUUUGAGACCACCACAAAAAACGAAACUGUAGCCCAUGAAGACAAGACAAAACUGCUUAAGGCUGCAUUUCUACAGUACUGCAGGAAAGAUUUGGGCCGCGCUCAGAUAAUGGCUGAUGAGCUGUUUUCCUCUCACACGGAUUUGGAUUCGGACCCUGAGCUAGACAAGGCCGUGACUCAGAUCAGUGUGGACCUGAUUGAUGACUACCCGGCCUCAGACCCACGCUGGGCAGAGUCUGUCCCCCAGGAGGCCCCUGGGCUGAGCAACACCUCACUGAUCAUUUUGCACCAGCUGGAGGACAAGAUGAAAGCUCACUGCCUCUUGGUGGACUUCCUUCACCAAGUCGGCUUGUUUAGACGUUUGAGCUCCUAUCCAAUCAGAGGGACACCCAUGUCCACCCGACUGCUACUCUGUGAACAUGCAGAAAAGCUGUCAGCUGCCAUCACACUAAAAAACCACCACUCUCGACUGCCAGACCUGGUGAACUCAGCUAUCCUGCUCGCCCUGAACAAGAGGGAGUGUGAGGUUCCCAACAGCCUGACUCCUGCCGAUGUCUUCUUUCGAGAGGUGUCCCAGGUGGACACUAUCUGUGAGUGCCUCCUGGAGCAUGAGGAACAAGUCCUGCGUGAAGUUGCGUUGGUCUCUCAGGAGUGGGCAGAGGUGGCGAUCGACGUCAAUACUGUCCUCAAGGACAUGCUACAGGCUGCCACUCACUACCGCCUAAACAAAAGCUCUAUGUACAGUCAGGAAGAGGUACUAGGGAAGGAGCCAGAGUAUGUGCCAUGGACAGCCACAAGUGGUCCAUCCGGUAUCCGCACAGCAGUCAUGCGCCAGCACGGGAUCAUCCUGAAGAUGGUAUACCCUCAGGCUGACAGCAAACUUCGGAACGUUGUCAUGGAGCAGCUUGUGGCACUAAUUGACUGCUUCCUGGACAGCUACGUUUCCCAGCUGAAGUCGCUAGAGAAAUCCAGUGACCAAGAACGAUACAGCAGUCUGGAAGUGGAGUACCUGCAGAAAAGAUCCGAGCUGCUCUCGCCCCUUCUCACACUAGGUCAGUACCCAUGGGCAGCUUCUCUGGCAGAGAAGUAUUGUGACUUUGAUAUCCUGGUUCAGAUGUGUGAACAGACAGACAACCAAGCCCGACUCCAGCGCUACAUGACCCAGUUUGCUGACCAGAAUUUUUCAGAUUUUCUCUUUCGUUGGUACCUGGAAAAAGGAAAGCGGGGAAAAUUGCUGUCUCAGCCCAUUUCUCAGCAUGGACAGUUGGCAAAUUUUUUGCAAGCCCAUGAGCAUCUCAGCUGGUUACAUGAAAUUAAUAGUCAGGAGUUAGAGAAGGCUCAUACAACACUGCUAGGUUUGGCAAAUAUGGAAACUCGUUACUUUGCAAAGAAAAAAACCCUUCUUGGCUUGAGUAAACUGGCAGCUUUAGCUUCAGACAUUUCAGAGGACAGGCUGCAAGAGAAGAUUGAAGCCAUGGCUGAGCAAGAGCGCUUCCUGCUACACCAGGAGACCCUGCCAGAGCAGCUGCUGACCGAGAGACAGCUGAGUCUUAGUGCAAUGCCUGUGUUGACCGCACCACAACUCAUCAGUCUGUAUAUCUGUGACGAAAACAGAAGAGCCAAUGAGUAUGAUUUCAAGAAAGCCUUGGACUUACUGGAGUACAUUGAUGAGGAAGAAGAUGUGAGCAUUGAUGACCUGAAGCUGGAGAUUCUGUGCAGAGCACUGCAGAGAGAUGACUGGUCUGGUUCAGAUGGCAAAGAUGAUCCAAUCGAAGUGUCUAAAGACAGUGUGUUUGUAAAGAUCUUGCAGAAACUUAUAAAAGACGGCAUCCAGCUCAGCGAGUACUUGCCAGAGGUGACGGACCUACUGCGAGCAGAGCAGCUGGGAAGCCUCAAGUCCAACUCUUACUUUGAGUUUGUUCUGAAAGCAAAUUAUGAGUAUUAUGUCCAAGGACAGAUGUGACAUUUGUAGAAAUGGUUGUUUCUAAAAUUUGUGUAAAUAUUUGCUUAUUAAAAAAAAAUAUUGAGGCCAAAAAACUUAGGUCUGGAUCAACCUGAAGUCUGUUUUGUCUGCAGCAACCAGGUUUUCUAUGCUUUAUAUGGGAGCCGCGAUAUAAAAGGAGGGGCCCUGAUGCUCUUUUUCAGCUGUAAGGUAUUUCCUCCUCCUCUUCCACCUGAAGUCACCCUUGCUUCUGUGUAGCUGCCCUUCUCCAGCCUCCCUCGGUCCAAAGAGGCAGCAAAACAAAACAGGUUGCCUCGCUCCCCAACUGGUUGUCCAAUACCAGCCCUGAAAAAAUAUAAGAAUGUGUAUAAUAAUAUACAUGAAUUUACAUGCAAGUAACGUUCUAUGGGCUGAGCAAGUGUGUCUGUUUAUUUGGGUCAGCAAUUAAAAGAUGCUACAGGUUGGAGAGCAGGGCAGCGGAAGUGAGGAAGUGUUGGAGAUGGCAGGGGACGGGGAAAACAGAUUGCCCUCUGCAUGUGGCACUCUGGGAGUCUCUGAGAAGCUGAUCUCUUGGUCGGAGGCAAAGGGAAGUGCCUGCUUAGCAAAGUGAAGAUGAGAUGUCACUGAUUUAUACUGUGGCCUAGAAACCAAAACCCUGGGUCUAACUCGGGAGGGUGGGCAGCUGGUAACUCACUGGGAAUGUUCUCACUUCCUACAUUGAUUUAAAAAUUACAAGCAAGGGGCAGGGCUGGAGAGAUGGCUCAGUGGUUAAGAGCGCUGUCUACUCUUCCAGAGGACUUGAAUUCAAUUCCCAGCAACCACAUGGUGGCUCACUACCAUCUGUAAUAGGUCCCAGGGCCCUCUUCUGGUGUGUCUGAAGACAGUGACAGUGUACUCACAUAUAUAAAAUAAAUCUUUUUUAAAAAAAAAGUUAAAACUUAAAAGCCAAAAAAGCCAUAUAUAUAUGUGUGUGUGUGUGUGUGUGUGUGUGUGUGUGUGUGUGUGUGUGUGUGUAAAAUUAAAGGAUUAAAAGUGUGGGCCACUGCAUCCAUCAAUAAUGGAUAAGUCUUAAAGUGUUUUAGUAAGAUGUUUGUGUGGCUUUCUGAGCUGUCAGUAAGUUGUCAUUGCUACCAGAUAUGGUACUGGCAUUGUCUGUGACCCCAGUAUUGACUCAUAAACCUAGGAUGGUUUCUAGUCUCACCGUAGACGGUCCCUUCCUAAACAUCGUAAUGCCAAGGCUGGUCUACCCAGAGAUGUUGCUCUGAGAGCUCUGGCCAUGGCCUACCUGUCUGAAGAAGGGGGCUAAACCUUUAUGGCAACUAUCGCAGCUUCAGAAUGGUUGGCAUGUAAACUUACUCCAGCAGUAAAAAUGAAAUUAAGACUUUCAGUGUUGAAUAUCUUUCCCUCCUAAGUUUUAAAAACUGGUCACAUAAUCCAUCUCUGAAGAAUGAAUGAUUUGUUUCUAAGUCAGGUAGCUAAGACUGUCUCCUGGUACCCGGUGUACAUUCUUGGGAUCCUUCUCUUGUUGGCCUAUCCGUUAGUUCAGCAUGAACUAGUUAGGACUGUGAAUGGCAGCAGCCACCCUUGUCCCUGAGGUGAGUGUGCUGUAUUCUGAGGAUGUGUGAGUCAGUCAGGACCUGAAAGGGCCCUGGCAACCUGUACAGAGCACAGGGGGAAAGGUUUUGUUGUUUUAUUCUCUUGACUGGAUGCUAUGGGGAGAGCCAGAGGUCUGCAAGACAAAUUCAUGGUGUUUCGGGCUGUCAUGGUUGGUCCCACAUUCUGAGUGUUCCCAGUGUGGCCUCCCCCACCACUGCCAGUCUGUCCUCAGAAUGGCAUAAUAUUCAUGUAUAAAAUACAAUAUAUGUUGAAAAACAAUGUGUAUAUAUGUUGUAUAUAUUUAUCAUAUGUGUAUGAUAUGUGCAUAUAAACUCUGGCUGGCCUCAAACUCUCAGCCCCUGUGCCUCAGCUUCCCAAGUCCUAAAACUGCAAGUGUACACACCAGCCCUGGCUAGAACAAUUUUUUUAAGGCGUGUGAAGCCUGACAUUGAGCUCAUAUCCAAAAUAAACACAAGUAACUGGUGGACCUGGAAGCUGGGCUUCUGUUUUGAAAUGAGCUUCAGUCGACCACCUUUUGUAUUGUGUGGGCAAUGGUGAGUACUUAGCACACCUUUGGACUUCUGUUCUCAGAGGAGCUCCAGUUUUCCUUCUCCUGCUGGGAUGGCAGGUCCUUGCAUGCAUCUGCAUUGCCUUAAUAAAAACGAGGUUUUCUUUU